UGAAUCCGAAUCGAUGAUGUGGGUCUACGGUCUAUGUAAGCGCUGAGACAUUCCCGCCAACGCGGUGCUGGCAGUGAUUCUAUGGAUCCUCUUAGCGUCCAUUGAUUGGCGCGACCCACAUCGCUAGCCGACGUUCCAUGCGAACUGCUGUUGCCGAUCACCCGUAACCCACUCUGACUUGCACGUGCACGAAGCAUGAUCCUCGGCUCAGAACCUGGUGUUUCUUGACGCGUUGUUUGGCAGCUAAGAAGUGCGCGACGGCCCAUUGCUCAGGAUAGCUUAUCAGAGACAAUUCUUAGUCAACCAAUGCCGUGGCCUUCCCUCCUGCCGUUUACAAGGCAGACCGUUACAAUUAAAAUCCUACGUCCAUUUCCGUUGCGAACCGUCCGUACGGGCGCCCGCCGAUUUUCAGUUUCGCGAAGCUAUUCAUACGGCGGCCAGAACAGCUCCGAGAUGAUCAAAGACUUGGAACAGCGGCCUUCCUCGGUGAAGAAGACCCCAAAGCGGCUCAGGUUGGCGGCAAGCGUCAUUCUCGUCUCACCCACCAACCAAGUCUUGCUUUUGAAACGUGUCGAAACGUCUAGCUCGUUUGCCUCGGCUCACGUGUUUCCCGGUGGUAACCUGUCGACGUUCCACGAGGGUACGCUCCUUGGAGCAGUGGACGAAAGCACCAAAGAAUUCCAGGACGGCACGGCGUAUCGGCUGGCCGCGGUCCGCGAGACGUUCGAGGAGUCUGGAAUUCUACUCGCGCGCCCUCUGGCAGCAGACCAAAGCCGUAGCGGCAGCCUCAACAAUCAGGCUCUCCUCCAUCUUCCUGACGCGGCCAGAGAAGAGGGAAGGCGAGAAACCCACGACAACAAGAUUAAAUUCAUCGAGUGGCUAGAAAGUCAAGGAGGUGCGCCAGAUCUAGACAACCUAAUCCCAUUCACGCGAUGGGUCACGCCAGGUUCCAUGGUCAAAAGGUUCUCCACCCAAAUGUACUUGUACAUGCUACCACUAUCGGCCAACUCCAGCAUCUUGGGCGCUCCAGAGCACGAGUCUGUGAUCCAGACGCCAACCCACGAUGGCGGAAUUGAGCACACGACGGCUACGUUCGACCGCCCUGACGUGUGGCUCGCCAAGGCCAAGGCGGGCAACGUCUUGCUGUACCCACCGCAGUUUUACCUGCUCCACUUACUAUCCCAGUUUCUAAAUGACAAAAGCCUGGCACCUGCGGGCGCCAGCGCCGCCGAUGUGACCGCCCAUCUCGAGAGGCAGAGAAGCGCACUGGUGACCUUCCUUCGACAAACGCCGACAACGCCGCCUGAUCGGCCCUCGCCGCUCCACGUGCAUCCGACGGCGCAUAUCCCGUGGGCUGAAAAGGUGAUUUGCCCACAGCCGCUGGUAAAGGCCCGCCUCGGGAGCAGGUUGCUCGGGCUUGAUGACCCUGGGCCAGAGCUGCAGGAGUCUGGAAAGGGCGGAGAUUACGACAGAGUGCUGCUGGUGAAUUGGAAAAACAAGGAGCCUCGGGACAUUGAGGUCAAGUGGCGAGACGAAGUCUUGCUAGAAGCGAAGAGUUCCCUAUGAUUAUGACGACUUAACCAGGGCAGACGUCUCGAUUGGCCGGUUCCGGGGUCAUAAACUUCAUGUAAUAGUCGACGGAAAUCGUUGUGCCGAAAACAUGAAAUCAAACUCUGUAGGUUGCUAACAGAAUGCUUGAAAAUGUUGGAUACUUACUUCAUGGCUUCCAACAUGAUGCUAACAUGCAAGAGUGUUUUGAAAGCGGGAGUAUUUCUUCUUGGUGUCUCUUACAAUGAGUAAAUACUAAUUAAACCACUAAUUAAAUCGCAAAUUUCGAUCAAA